AGAAAUCGUCCUGAGGAGCUUGAGCAGACAUGGCAGACAAAACGGCUUUGGUGCUGCUGGCAGAAGGAGCCGAGGAGAUGGAGCUGGUCAUCUCAAUUGACGUCAUGCGACGUGCAGGGAUCCGCGUGAUGGUGGCUGGCGUGGCCGGCGCCUCCCCCGUGCGCUGCCGGCGAGACACGCUGGUCGUGCCAGACGUCAGCCUAGUGGAGGCCAUGACCCACGGCACGUACGACGCCGUCGUGCUGCCCGGCGGCAUCCCGGGCGCCAAGAACCUGGCUGCGUCACCUGAGGUUGGAUCGCUGUUAAGAGAGCAAGAGAGAGCUGGUCGUUUCGUAUGCGCUAUUUGUGCAGCGCCUACAGUUCUCAAGGCACACGGUGUUGGCUACGGAAAGAAUAUCACAUCUUUUCCGCCUCUUAAGGACGCCAUGGUGGAGGGCAACAAGUACAACUACAAGGAAGACAAAGUAGUCGUGGACGGAAAGCUCAUUACGAGCCGUGGACCGGGCACGGCGUUCGACUUCGCUCUGCGGAUCGUGGAGGAGAUGGUGGACAAGGAGGCAGCGCUCACCGUGGCCAAGGCGAUGCUGCUGGCAUGAGGGGGCCACGCCUCCUACGUACUCAGCGCUCACGCCAAAAUACGAGAACACACACUUUGUCCACCCUCACGUUUGCAAAUACAGUGAUAUUUCGUCUCUCCAUAUGCGUAAAUGGUCCUCGUAGUUUCGGCGUGGUAGGCAACUUAAUGGUAAUAUAAUUUGUAGAUAACGUUGAGAAUGAGCUACCAAAUUGAAGAACUGGCUGUAAACAAUGAUUAAGGACAAGCUGGAAUUUCAAGCGCAUCAAUUGUGAUUUAUUUAUUCCGGUAUGUCAUUUUUUCAAAUGUUUCCAAUAUAA